AUGGCUGAGAAGACCAAAGAGGAGAGCCAGCUGUGGCCCGGGACUACAUUUCAGGAUGCUUCGGGUCUCCAGGACAGCUUGUUCUCCUCUGAAAGUGACAACAGUCUGUACUUCACCUACAGUGGCCAGUCCAACACUCUGGAGGUCAGAGAUCUCACCUACCAGGUAGGGGCACCUGCCUGGGUUCAGGGGAGAAGUGUGAGCAUCGAACAGAACGUGGACAUUGCCUCUCAGGUUCCUUGGUUUGAGCAACUGGCUCAGUUCAAGAUACCUUGGAGGUCUCACAGCAGCCAAGACUCCUGUGAGCUGGGAAUCCGAAAUCUAAGCUUCAAAGUGAGGAGCGGACAGAUGCUGGCCAUCAUAGGAAGCUCAGGCUGCGGAAGAGCCUCCCUCCUCGAUGUGAUCACAGGCAGAGACCACGGUGGCAAGAUGAAAUCAGGACAAAUCUGGAUAAAUGGGCAGCCCAGCACGCCUCAGCUGAUGCAGAAGUGUGUGGCGCAUGUGCGCCAGCAUGACCAACUGCUCCCCAACCUGACCGUCAGAGAGACCCUGACUUUCAUCGCCCAGAUGCGCCUGCCCAGGGCCUUCUCUCAGGCCCAGCGUGACAAAAGGGUGGAAGACGUGAUUGCCGAGCUGCGGCUGCGGCAGUGCGCCAACACCCGCGUGGGCAAUACAUAUGUACGUGGAGUGUCCGGGGGUGAACGCCGACGAGUGAGCAUUGGGGUGCAGCUCCUGUGGAACCCCGGAAUCCUCAUUCUGGAUGAACCCACCUCCGGCCUCGACAGCUUCACAGCCCACAACCUGGUGAGAACCUUGUCCCGCCUGGCCAAGGGCAACAGGCUGGUGCUCAUCUCCCUCCACCAGCCUCGCUCUGACAUCUUCAGACUGUUUGACCUGGUCCUUCUGAUGACGUCUGGCACCCCUGUCUACCUGGGCGCGGCCCAGCACAUGGUGCAGUACUUCACGUCAAUCGGCCACCCUUGUCCUCGGUAUAGCAAUCCUGCCGACUUCUACGUGGACUUGACCAGCAUCGACAGGCGCAGCAAAGAACAGGAGGUGGCCACCAUGGAGAAGGCUCAGUCUCUUGCCGCCUUGUUCAUAGAGAAAGUGCAAGGCUUUGAUGACUUUGUGUGGAGAGCCGAGUCAAAGGAGCUCGACCCAGGCGCCUACACAGUCAGCCGGACCCUCACACAGGACACCAACUGUGGAACUGCUGCUGAGUUGCCUGGGAUGAUACAACAGUUUUCCACCCUGAUCCGUCGUCAGAUUUCCAAUGACUUCCGGGACCUGCCCACCCUGCUCAUCCACGGAGCGGAGGCCUGCCUGAUGUCCCUCAUCAUCGGGUUCCUUUACUAUGGCCAUGGGAGCAAACAGCUCUCCUUCGUGGACAUGUCAGCCCUCCUGUUCAUGAUAGGAGCUCUUGUCCCUUUCAAUGUCAUCCUGGAUGUCGUCUCCAAAUGUCACUCGGAGAGGUCGAUGCUGUACUAUGAGCUGGAAGACGGGCUGUACACUGCCGGUCCAUAUUUCUUUGCAAAGAUCCUAGGCGAGCUGCCGGAGCACUGUGCCUACGUCAUCAUCUAUGCGAUGCCCAUCUACUGGCUGACCAACCUGCGGCCCGUGCCUGAGCUCUUCCUGCUGCACUUCGUGCUGGUGUGGCUGGUGGUCUUCUGCUGCAGGACCAUGGCCCUGGCUGCCUCUGCCAUGCUGCCCACCUUCCACAUGUCCUCCUUCUUCUGCAACGCCCUCUACAACUCCUUUUACCUUACCGCCGGCUUCAUGAUCAACUUGGACAACCUGUGGAUUGUGCCCGCGUGGAUCUCCAAGCUGUCGUUCCUCCGGUGGUGCUUCUCGGGGCUGAUGCAGAUUCAGUUCAAUGGACACAUUUACACCACGCAGAUCGGCAACCUCACCUUCUCCGUCCCCGGAGACACGAUGGUCAGUAUCAUGGACCUGAACUCACAUCCACUCUAUGCCGUCUACCUCAUCGUCAUUGGUAUCAGCUGUGGCUACCUGUGCCUGUACUAUCUGUCCUUGAAGUUUAUCAAACAGAAGUCAAUUCAAGACUGGUGAUGCUCAGCCUUGCUCCCACUGGUGGGACCCUUCUCCCCGGGCUGGCUGCCCUCUGAGGACCCUGACUGGGGACAAGGCUCACACAGAUCUCAAGCAGCCUCCACGUCUUAGUGCUGCAGUUGCACAGGACAGCCACAGGAUGGCAGUAGAAUAAAGACAGUUGAGAGGUGUCUCUGCUCCCAGGCCUGGGCUUGCGAUGGGGGAGAGAAACAGGUACUCAGUGGACCUGCGACGUUGCUCGUUCAUUUUAUGUCUUUAUAUAAACAACGCAGAAUGGAGUGGAAACCAAUUAUAUAUGCAUUGAGUAGCUAGGCUAUGCAUAAAUUUCUGGAAUCCUAAGAGGAUAGUGGUUUAUAGCUUUCUCUUCUACCAUUUUCACACUGUUAAGCCAGUCUCAAUAUAGAGGGUGACCUAAAACAGACUAGCAAAAUGUCUUCUCUUUUCUCUGUGUGGAUCCACAGACUCCAACCCCCAAAGUUGGACAGCUGAGAGUUAACUGAGCAUCUACACAGUGUGUAUGGUACAAAGCGCGGUGUGUGGCCUCUUGUUGUUUAUUCUCAGAACAACUCACUGAUGUGAGCAGCACCCUGUCAUGGGUAAAGACACCGUGGCAAAGACAAAUCCAGUUGUCUCAGCUUAUAAACUGUUUUGUGGUGGAAUCAAAACGACCCUGAGGCCUUUGGGAGUUACAGAGCAAAAGACCAGGCCUGAGCUGCCUCUAGAAACAGUUUGCAGGGUUUGUGUGAGUUCUGUCAGGCCUCAGCAUUGCAUCCCCUAGGUGAGGCUCAGGGUCAGCUUUGAACCUUUCCCAGUGGCCAGAGGAUGGACUGCCACACAUCCAAGUUGGAUGCUUUGUGCCUGUGUUGAGGACCACCCAACCCAAAGCACGGAGCAGGCUUGCUCCCAGAGGAAAACAAGUCUGGACUGAAAGAGACAGCAGGGAGGGUGUUGGAGGCUGAGGCCGGGAGAGAUGGUCCCCCAGAUCCUGACUGCGUCCAUCGGGCGUGGUUCCUGGCCAGAUUCAUGAUGUCACUGGAUGCUGAUGAGGUAGGCAGAAUCCCAGGUCUGCCCAGACCCGUGGACUCAGCAUUGUGUGUCCAGAUAGCGCCACUGACUUGAGUGCAGACCCCAGUGUGAGCCGCGGCAGCUCCACAGUGUGCUAGCUCUCCUUUCCCAGCGCCCAUCGGCCUCAGGAGGUCCACAGCCCUGCUGCUACCAUCCAUUGCAUACAUGUCACUCGAGCCACAGGGUCCUCAUCCAGAGCAGAGUCAAAAGCACCCCCCCACCCCCAGAUUGUUUCUUUCAGUUUGGAAUAGCUAGCUCCUUAGUGCCCCCUGACUUUCUAGGGUAGCUUUCAGUUUGGAUGUAUCUGGUGCAUUUCUCAAUUAAAUCCAGGCCGAGCACCUUUGGUCAGAAUACCCAGAAGUGAAAUUGGUUUUUCCCUAGUGUGUCCCGUCAAGUGGCACAUGGUUCCCACUUGCUGCAUGCUGCUGACUUUGCCUGACAGAAGACACUCUGCUGGACCCUUCCAUGGUCCUCUGUUAUCUCUUUUUAUAAUUAAUAAAGCUUUUGA